UCAGAGGAAAAAAUGCAGAGGGACCUGUCCAUUGGGUUCCUUUCCCAAACAUCAUAUUUCCACGCCUCUCUAUACGUAAAUAGGAAGUUGGCACUGUAACGGCACACAACAGGAAACCCACGGGGAAGAAUAACAACAUGACCUGCAUUUAUGGGGAUGUCAUGAAGAUUGACACAACAGGAGCAUCAGAAAAAACUGCUCGUCAAGACAAACUGACUGUUCAAGGGGUGGAUGCAUCCUACAAGCUUGCAGAACAUGACUUCAACGGGAUGAAAAAAUACCGUGACCUCAUCAUCAAGGUGGGACGGGCUCAGCAAAUGGACCCGGCUGUCAUUAGUGGAAUCAUCUCCCGGGAGUCUCGGGCUGGGGCUGCACUGAAGGAUGGCUGGGGCGACCAUGGAAAUGGCUUUGGACUCAUGCAGAUUGACAAGCGGUACCACACGCCAAGGGGAGCAUGGGACAGCGAGGAGCACCUCACCCAAGGCACCCAGAUUUUGAUAAACUUCAUAAAAAAGAUCCAGAGUAAAUUCCCAGGCUGGCCCAAGGAGCACCAAUUUAAAGGUGGAAUAUCAGCCUACAAUGCCGGAGACAAAAAUGUCCAAACUUAUGAACGCAUGGACGUUGGGACCACUGGAGGUGACUAUUCCAAUGAUACAGUGGCCAGAGCCCAGUGGUUCAAGCGGAAUGGCUUUUAAAAGAGAAAAAUAAGCCUUGGACCCUGGUCACGGAAAUGAAAUUCAGAUGGCUGGAUUAAAAUCAUUUAAUUCAAAAACAAUUACAUAAGUAUAGUUGAUGUGGACUCUGGGGACUGAUUUGGGUGCGCGCUUUUCAUCUGAUGAAUUUAUAAAAAGCUUUAAGUAUUUUGCUUUUCUUAGUUAGUUCAGACCAUUCAGGGAAUAUUCGGCAACGUCCCCUCAGUGGCCCUUCUUGGUUAUGACAUAACAUGCAUCACAACGUAAUAUCAGAAUCUGAAAUAUAUACAAUUAAUCAGUAAUAAUAAAAAAGUCUGGAUUGGUUUGAAGUAUGUUAAUAAAUCCAUUUUAGAAAUGAUGCUUCUAACAUUUACUGUAUAUGUAAUAGUCCAAGCCCUUGCGUACAUGAUUUUAAAUCAAGCAGAGUCUCCAAGGUACCAGAAGGUACACUGGUAGAAUGAUUAAUGUCAAUAGGCUUAGUGUUUAGCACAAUGUUUACGAAGUUAAAAGGAGUACCUUUAAUAUGAAGGGAAGGGAACUGGUAGGUACUGGUAGUAGUUUGAGUCAUGUGUAUCCCUUUUUGUUUGUACUCCCUUUGCUUUUUCAAAUUGCGUCUUUGUGUGUGUGUUAUUUCCAUUGUGCUUUCUUUAAAUAACAAAUUUGUUUAAUUAGACAGCAUGCAUUGUUUGUCCAAGACAAAUUUCCUUUGGGACAAUAAACUUUUUCUUAUCUUA